GUUUUUAAUUCCUGCUGUUUCUCUCAACAUGAUUGCAAUUGCACGUAAUCAUCUCUCCUCUUUGUUUAUAAACCCUAAUCCAUUUCUCUGCAACUCAAAUGUGCUCUCGUUUUCUACUCGGAGGGUGCAAACACUAAUCCCUAACCCUGAGAUCUGCGAUUUAUUGAUUAAUAAACUCCGAUUUUCUCCUGAAUCGGCUUCACUAGCUUCAUCGCGUUUUCCGAAAUUAAGAGAUCCCCAAAGAGCUGAUUCAGUGCUUUCGUUCCUCAAAGAGAAUAGCUUUACGACUGCUCAGCUGCAGAAAUUAGUAAUAUAUGAUCCUCGGAUUCUAGGGUUUACUAUUGAGGGUAUUAAAUCCAGAUUGAAGGUGUUCCAAGAUUUGGGGCUUUCUUCCGAGGAGAUUGCCAAGAUGAUUUCCAGUAAUAAGAGGAUUUUACAAUCAAGUAUAGCAAACAAGAUCAUUCCCAAUUUAUCGUUGCUGAAGGGCUUGCUGGGAUCCAAUGACGAUGUGGCCAGACUUUUGAAAAGAUUAUCCUGGUUUGUGAGACAUGAUUUGGAGAAAACCUUAAUUCCAAAUGUGGAAAUCUUGAAGAGAUGUGGCAUACCAAUGGAGCACAUCCUUCACUUGCUCUAUGGUCUACCGCGGGCUUUCGUGGUCAAGUCGGAUAUCAUGAGGAAAUCUGUAGACAAGGCCAUCGAAUUCGGGGUCCCUCGCACUUCAGUUGUUUUUAUCUAUGCUGUUUGUCUGUUUCACUCUACGAGCCAGGGGAUGUGGGAAGCCAAGCUGCAAACUCUCCGUGAUUUGGGAUUUUCUGAUGAUGAUGCGUUGGCAAUGUUUAGGAAACAACCUACUGUUUUUAGAGCAUCUGGAAACAAAAUGAAGAGCAAAAUUGAGCUUCUUCUUGGUACUGGGAAAUACGGGGUUGCUAGUAUAGUUGCUAACCCGGUGGCACUUGGCUACAAUAUCGAGAAGAGGCUUGAGCCGCGAAUGCAAAUUCUGAGACUUUUGGAGAGUAGGAAUCUGAUUGAAACGUGGCCAGGUCUUUCAUUAUUUGCUUCGUGUACGGAUUAUAUGUUUUUUGAUAAAUUCAUUAGGCCUUAUUAUGACAAGAUUGGCGAAGAGUGCAUCAUCAAGAAAUUUGUCGCAGGAAAAAAAGAGUUGAAGGUGUAAGCAUAUGCCUGCGGAGCUCAGUUUUUUAAGUAACACUGAAUAGGUUAAGUAAAAGGUGUAUUUCAAGUAGCAAUUGACUAGGUAAAAUUAGGAGGUUUGAACCAGCUCUCAAGCUGUAUAUGUAUGAUGCUUAUUUAUCCAUUCUUGUAUAUUUCAGCUUUUAUUGCUCAAGAAGUAUUUCUACUCCA